AUGUCUAGGUCACGAUCUAGUAUCGCGAGUGACAGCCAUGACCGUUUGGAGCCGCGCUUGCUGAGAGCGGUCGAGAGCGACCAGUUCGCCACCCUGCAGGCCAUCGUUGAAUUGGCUCGCGAAAAUGGACAACUCAACGAUACCUUUCUGCGCAUCGGGCUCAUGCGCAGCUGCGAGCGCGGGUCCAUCGCUGCGACCGAAUAUCUCCUUCAGAUCGGUGCGAAGACGGACGUUGCCAGUAAUCGGCCCUCACCGCUAUUGCGCGCCGUGGAGCGGAAUCACGUUCGCAUCGUGCAGCUCCUCCUCGACCAUGGCGCAUCGACGGAAACCCCGGACAAAAAGGGCCGGACCGUCCUGAUGACGGCCGCCUGGAAGAACCAUUGGCAUGCUCUGCAGCUGCUGAUUGCCCGCGGCGCUGAUGUCAACGCUCGGGAUCAUAAGAAAAGGAACGUCCUGCAUAAUCUGGCGGCGGACAAGCAGUGCGACUGGGGAGAGGAUGUCAUUGAGCUCCUCCUCAGCACAACCUGUACACUCGACGGCCUGGCUGGCCAGGAUGAACUCGGCCGCACGCCUCUGCAUUGGGCGUGCGCCACGGGGAAAUUACGCUUCGCGCAGCUUCUUCUGACCCGACCGCAUGGGCCGGUCGCAGACGUAAAUGCUGUCGAGUGUCGGAACAAGACCGCGCUCCAUAUUGCGGUCGCUCAUGGUCGUGAUGACAUUGUCCAGCUCUUGCUGGCAUACAAUGCGGAUGUGAAUGCGCGAAGUGACGGUGGCUGGACCCCGCUGCAUAAUGCGUGCGACAGAGGCUCUGAGCUGAUUGUGCGUAUCCUUCUUCGCGCUGGAGCCAACAUCAAUAGCCAACUGCUCAACGGGGUGACGCCCCUGCACCUGGCUGCACAAGCUGGCCACCGCGAGGUAGUAGAGUGCCUGCUGGAGCAGAAGGGGUUAAAACAGAGAAUUCGGGACAACUUCGGCAGCACACCAUUCCUGCGGGCAGCCCAGUUCAAGCGGAGAGACAUAGUAUCUCUCCUUGCCCCGUUCAACACCGUCGAGGCUCUGUCUGCGGAGGCGAAAGGCGCAUGUGAAGCAUUCGAGGCUACCGUGGUCGAUUUCGGUAACUUCCACAACGAAAAUCGGGUCAAGAAGACGUCGGUCUUCAAUCUUCUCUACGGUCGCGAUCCCGAGAACCCACGCAAACAGGCAUUUAGCACCCUACCGGCGGAUAGUCGGGCGACUGACUUUCGUUGGAUUCAUCUUCCGGCGAAUAAUUUGACAUGGGUUGAGGCUCUUCUUACCAAGUCAUUCAUUGAAGAAGGGGCGCACGAUGUGGAGAGCUUCAAGGGGCUGGAGAAAUCCUUCCGCUACCAACAUCGAGGGCAACGGACACACUCGAACUUUAUGCGUCCUCUGUGCCAGAGCACUCCUCGUGCACCACGGUUUCAGGAGGACGACAGUUCCGAGGAGAAGACGGUUGAACUGGCCCCUCAGAUUCUCAUCAACGGACAGACGCAUGAGGCUCCGAGCACUCCGAAAGAAGGUAACAUGCCUAGAGGCCGGAAAUUGAGAGAGCACGGAAGCAAGACUGAACCUACCGACUCGAUUUCUGACAACCCGGUGAAGAAGGGGAAGAGUGCGACCAAGCGUGGCAAGGCCGGGGGAGCACAGUAUAAGCAUGAGUCUAAACACAACCACGGCUUCGAUCGAAACGACAAGAAUCGGCCUGUUCUUUCUCUGUGCAAAGACUCAGCACGCUCCAACGCGUGCAAUGUGUGCAUGUUCAUGCCGUAUCUCCAUUUCGAAACGACCGAGAGACGCCAGAAGAUGCAAGAUGCCAUCCAGCGAGCUGAGACGCGGUGUCUUGCGCGGCCCAGCCUCACCCGGACACCUACGCGGGAUGAGCUCUUGAUCAGCGCGCAUUUAGCAUCAUCGACCACGUCGCUUCACAUCCGACGCACGCUGGAUCAGUUCUUCUACCCCAACAUCGACACGCUGACACGAGACCAAGACCAGGUCGUCUACCGGUACCAGACCAAAGGCCAGGGCCGCGAGCGGUUCCUGUCGGAACCCAAGAUCUUCAUGGUCGAUCAACUUUGGAUGUGGAUCCUUGGAACCGGGUUGAUCGUGACCAGCUUCCCCGAACGGUGGGAGCAGCCCAAGAACGACCCGCUCAACGUCCUCGACGGGAUCAUCGAAGACAUCAACUCCAAGACCAGGGAGCCCGUCAAGUCCGUCUACGAUCUGGCCAUCAUCAUCACCACCCGCUGCUCGGGGGUGUUUGACCGGCAUCGCAUGGGCGACGAAGAGUACCAGUUUUUGGACAUGUUCGAGGCGUCAAUCGGUGUUGCCACCGACCGCGAGACGGUCCUCUUCAACCAGUUCAACCGGGACUCCGCACAGGCGUCCGACUGGCUCAAGAACCACCGCAAGCUCAGCCGGUUUGCUCGGCCGCCGCCGCCGCCGCCCAGCAAGGAUCACGAGCACGAAGAAGACGAACAGCCCCUGUUCGUGGACAACCUCCUGGACAUCGGCCAGGAGACGGAUCUCCUCUCCGAGGCCAAGGACAUCCGCGACGAGCUCAACAUGAUCCGCACGGUGCUGCAGCACCAGCAGCACGUGCUGCUGGACUUCCAGGAGGCGAUCUGCGAGAUCUACUCGGGCCAGCACCGGUCGCAGUCCGAGACCAAGAAGCGGUUCAAGGAGCAGCAGCGCACGAUCGACAUGCACCUGAAGGACAUCGACCGCAUGGACAAACAGGCCGAGCGCAUCUACUCCUCCAUCACGGACCUGCUCGACCUCAAGCAGAAACACGCCAACGCCUUCGAGGCCCGCUUCGCCCGCGACCAGGCCGCCGGCACCACCCGCCAGGGCAAGAUCAUGAUGGUCUUCACCAUCGUCACCAUCGUCUUCCUGCCCUUGUCCUUCAUCACCUCCAUCUUCACCAUCAACCUGGCCGAAUUCGGCGGAGCGUCCGGCACUGGCGGCGGCGGCGGCAGCACCGGCCAGCUGCAUCUCUCGUACGUGGCCAAGUAUACCUUCGGCAUCGGCUUCGCCAUCUCCAUUCCCCUGAUCAUCCUGGCGCUCUUGCUGGAUGAUAUCGGCGACGCGUGUCAGGAGGGGAUCCGGCGGUCGCGGCGGUGGAUGGCACUGCAACGCGGGAGGAAGAGGACCCACGAACAAGAUGGGAUCCGCACCACGGGGUACGAGUUCGAGAAGAUUGUGAGUGGGCACCGGUCGAUACGGAAGAGUCUCGAUACGGACUUCGCGGGGAGUCUGUUGCCCAUCUCCACGCGGGGCACCGCCCGGAGGAGCUGA